CGAGUAUUCAGGUUGCGUUCGAUGAACAUCCUGUUUAUUGCAUUGGUAGUACUGACGGAAGCCUUUGCAAAUCCCAACAGCAAAGAAGGAAUUUCCAGAAACUCGAUCCUACCUAGUCUCCCUUCUUUCAAUCGUUCUAACACAGUACAGUAUGGAUAUUGCGAAAGUGGAUGGACCUACUUCAACGAGACGGACGCUUGUUAUAAGAAUUUCUUUUCGGCAACCUUUCACGAAGCCGAGAGCCUCUGUACGGACUCUAAAGGACAUCUGACUUCAAUUCAUAGCCAUGCAGAAAAUUCUUUUGUAGCAGAGUUGUCAAGGAUGCGUAUCAAAAUGAGUACUAAUAAGCAGGGAAUUUGGAUAGGCUUGGUACGAUCCGAUUAUUUGAACAGCAAAUGGAAAGAUAACUGGAUGUGGACUGACGGCACGAAAGUUAACUUCUUCGCCUGGGGACCGGGUGCUCCAAAUAACUGGGGAAACUUAGAACGCUGCGCGUCGAUGCUUCCUGAUGUUUUCGAAGGCAGUAAUGAUCAGUGGUACCAGAAAUGGGACGACCAAUCCUGCGCCGUUAACUUAAGAUCGUUUGUGUGCAAGAAGAUGGCUUUGCACUGGACAUAGAAGAACUGCAGUCAAUUUUGUAAACGGCAGUCUUCACAACAUCUUUUAAAGUCUCAGC